GGGGGGGAGGGGUGCGCGCCCACAACCGAGAAAAAGACAGGGCUGCUGAGUGUGGGCGCCCCGGAAAGUCGGUGGUUUCCGAGUUUGCUCCGUUGAGGAUGUUGAAGACGUUGGGGAGCAAGGGAGCCGGCCUCCCAGCCCCCCGCUGGGCAUGGAUCUUGGCCCAAGUCCCUGUCUCCUUCCACCCCCAGGGUGGCCAGCCCUGCCUUGCCACCCUUGUCCCUGUCCUGAGCCUGCUGGAGUCCCCCUCCCAUUCCCAGGCUGGGAUGUAGCCGUCCCGCCUUCUCCUGCGCCCCUCCCUCAGUAUCAGCUGUCCCACUGGCUUGGAAACCAUACUGGGGGACUGCGCAGUGUCUUCUUCCCACACCCCUCCCCCUUUCAGCCCGCCAGGCUUGGAGCCUCCUCUUCGGGACCUGGAAGAUUUAGAUCAGACUUUAUGGGUCUCGCCACCCCCGGGCCCCGGGAGGCCAGGCGAGGGCGAGAGCAGGGCGGUGGAUGAAGCAGAUUCCUUCUGAGGCUUCCGCCCCAGCAGUUGCCCUCACUUGCACAGAUGAAGGGACAGGGCCGGGGACCUUGCUCCCUGCCUCUGCCCCCGGCCCACGGCAGUCUCCUAAAGGGGUGCCGAUAAGGCUCCUCUCCCAGGCCAGUGGCAUUCUCGAGCUCCGGGUGGCUUUCAGGCCAGUGCAGGCGUUUGGGCGGCAUCCGCAGCCCCGUGGUUGGCAGGACUCGGCCACCCCCGCCCAGCUGCCGCAACCCCUGCAGCCGCCUGCGGGGGAACGACCACGGUCCCUGCUGUCUGCAUCCAGACGCCAGAGGGUCCCCAGCGCCGCUUCCUCCCAGCCAAACUGCUCUGAAAUCGGGGUGCCUUUGCCCACCUCCUCCGGGCCCUGGGGUGUCUGAGGGCAUCAAGUCUCUAGGUCUAGGCUGGGUGGUAGUAGAACCAGGCUCCCACCUUCCAGCUGUGAGGGGCCCCACGGGAGGGUUCCUGGGGGUCGGGCCCGCACGCUCAGGGCGUGGAGCUCCUAGCCCAGCCAAGUGCGUGUGUCUCGCCCAGGGCUGUUCUGAAGUUUCUCGCCGCCCACCCAGAGGAAGCGGGUCAGGUGCACACUCCGGCUCCUGGCUUGCACCGCCAUGCCUCCGCCUCUCCCUGCUCCCCUGGGUUCCCCGGCAACGGGGCACUGGGCAGGGGACGUGGCUCCCCAGCCUGGAGCCCCAGAGACAGCAGGGCCCUGGUAUACGACCCGGCGCAUAAAGAGCAGAGGAUGCUGCCCUUGCCCAGAGAGACCCCCGCCCCCCCCAGGGAAGGCCAGGACCCCUCCAGCCUGAGUGAGAGAAACCUUCCUGCCUCCUGCCCCCGACUUGCGGGCCGAGGGCGGCCUCUGGUGGCCUUCGGGGGAAUGACACCUCAGCGCAUCAGACCCGGAGGUGCCGGAAGGCUGGGAGUACCAGCAGGGAUUUGCGGGGAGGAGGGAGGACUCCCCUCCACCCAGCUCUGCACGCUGCCCCCAGGGGCCCACUGACUGGAUAUUCAGAUCUAGGGCUGCCAGUGAGGAGAAGGGCCCCUUUGUAAGUGUGACCCAGCUUCUGCCAGACAGAGCCGUGCCCAGCGGGUCUCUUGUGCGCUGGCUGUCCCCGGGAGGGGGCUCCCCAGCCCAGCCCGCCCGAGCCUCAGAGGAGAACAAAGCACCGGAUUGAGGCCUGACGCGCCGGUCCAACGGUGGGCUUUCAGGCCUCGGCGAGCGGGACAAAAGAGCCCCGUGCCCUCCUGGGGUUGUCGACUGAGCCGCAAGUCCUUCUGGGCCCGUUUUCAUUAUUUUAUUUCUGAGUAGGUAGUACCCACAGCAGAAUAUUCAGACCAUGCAGAAGGGUCUGCAGGGGCCGUUGUCUCCCUCGUUUCCUGAGGAUCCUUCCAGAGGUUGUCUGGGCACGUAAAAGGGCAUGGGGACCUCGGUCCCUUAUUUCUACGGAUGACAACCUGCUGCCCACUGCCGCGCGCCCUGCGGUUUUCACUUCCCAGUCUAUCCUGGAGAACGGUCCGUGUUGGAACGUCUCGGUCCUCCUGGUUCUUUCUUUCCACCCGUCGCAUUUCACUGCACGGAUGUCACGUCCAUUAGCCAGACCCCCGCACGGACGGGCAGACUGUUCCUAAUAGUUCGCCAUAGCCAGGAGCUGCCAGGACGCCCGCUUACUGCGACGAGUGGCUGAGCAGGUUCGGCUACCUGCCCCCAGCAGACCCCGACACAGGGCAGCUGCAGACGCCAGAGGAGCUGUCCAAGGCCAUCGUGGCCAUGCAGCAGUUCGGAGGCCUGGAGGCCACUGGCGUCCUGGAUGAGGCCACCCUGGCACUGAUGAGAACCCCGCGCUGUUCCCUCCCUGACCUCCCAGCCGCAGCCCCGGCUCGAAGGACGCGCCAGGCUCCGGCCCCGACCAAGUGGAGGAAGAGGAACCUGUCAUGGAGGGUCCGCACGUUCCCGCGGGACUCGCCCCUGGGCCGCGACACGGUGCGCGCGCUCAUGCACUACGCGCUCAAAGUCUGGAGCGACCUCACGCCCCUGAACUUCCACGAGGUGGCCGGCAGCGCCGCCGACAUCCAGAUCGACUUCUCCACAGCUGACCACAACGACCGCUACCCCUUCGACGGCCCCGGCGGCGCGGUGGCCCACGCCUUCCUCCCGGGCGACCACCACACCGCAGGGGACACCCACUUUGACGAUGACGAGGCCUGGACGUUCCGCUCCUCAGAUGCCCACGGCAUGGACCUGUUCGCAGUGGCUGUCCACGAGUUUGGCCACGCCAUCGGGCUGAGCCACGUGGCGGCCACACGCUCCAUCAUGCAGCCGUACUACCAGGGCCCGGUGGGUGACCCGCUGCGCUACGGGCUCCCCUAUGAGGACAGGGUACGCGUCUGGCAGCUGUACGGCGUGCGGGAGUCCGUGUCCCCAACGGCACAGCCAGACGCCCCAGAGCCCGAGGAGCCGCCCCUCCUGCCGGAGCCCCCCGAUGAUCGCGCUAGCACCCCGCCCGGGAAGGAUGUGCCCCACAGAUGCAGCGGCCACUUCGACGCGGUAGCCCAGAUCCGAGGCGAGGCCUUCUUCUUCAAAGGCAAGUACUUCUGGCGGCUGACCCGGGACCGGCACCUGGUGUCGCUGCAGCCGGCACAGGUGCACCGCUUCUGGCGGGGCCUGCCGCUGCGCCUGGACAGCGUGGAUGCCGUGUACGAGCGCACCAGUGACCACAAGAUCGUCUUCUUCAAAGGAGACAGAUACUGGGUGUUUAAGGACAAUAACGUAGAGGAAGGAUACCCGCGGCCCGUCUCGGACUUCGGCCUCCCGCCGGGCGGCGUCGAUGCUGCCUUCUCCUGGGCCCACAAUGACAAGACUUAUUUCUUUAAGGACCAGCUGUACUGGCGCUACGAUGAGCACACACGGCGCAUGGACCCUGGCCACCCCGCCCAGAGCCCCCCGUGGAGGGGCAUCCCCAGCACGCUCGACGAUGCCAUGCGCUGGUCCGAUGGUGCCGCCUACUUCUUCCGCGGCAAGGAGUACUGGAAGGUGCUGGAUGGCGAGCUGGAGGUGGCGCCCGGGUACCCGCAGCCCACGGCCCGGGACUGGCUGGUCUGCAGAGACCCGCCCGCUGACCCCGAGGGCGCAGACGGAGAGGCAGGGGCCCACGCCCGGCCGGGGCAGCGCGACCACAGCCGCUCAGAGGACGCCUACGAGGUCUGUUCCUGCACCUCCAUCGCCGCCGCAGCACCGCGGGCCGCGGGCCCACUGCUGGCCGCGCUGCUGAGCCUCCUGUGGACAGCGGCCCGGGCCCCGGCGCUGUGACAUUCGGCGCUGGCCUGCGACAGGACAGAAGGGGCUGCGGUCCAGAGGCACAAAGUGCAAGGACUGAUGCCCGCCCCUCCAGCGCCUGAGCCAAGCGCCCCUGCAGAGUGGACCCCGCCUUGCAGAUGGGGACGGCGCCGCCAGCCCCCCAGGCCGAGGCCGCCGGGUGCAGCCCCCCCCGACUCGGCAGAGGCUAGCAGAGGGCGCUGCUCCCCGGGCGCAGAUGCUGAGGGAGCUCCCGCCUGGCCUGCCUGCCCUCUGCCAGCUGGGGAGAUUGCGUCACGGCCCGGCCGGGCUAGGGCCGGAAGCCGUCCUUUCAGCGAGCGAGUGACUGAAUCCCACAGAGACUGACCGAGGAGCCAGGGGUAGGCUGGGCUGGGGGCGUUACAUCGGGUCCGCAGACCCUGGCAAGAGCAGCCCGGAGGCCCACGGGCACCCCCUCCCCGUCCCCUGCCGCAGAGCCGCCCCUGGUGCUUCCGCCCGCCCGUGGGGCUUCCUCUCCUGGUCCCAGUGGGCCUGCCGGCUGCCUUGAGCAGGACAGCCGCCUCCACGGGCGAGCCCCCAAGCUGGGGCUGUGGUGGGCUUCCCUUGUGACACGUUUCAGACAAACACGAUCUCUUCCUGCUUUGUAA